AUGGAAAAACUCGGAGAGGCCCGAGAUGUCCCUGGCGCCGCCGGACAGAGCCGCCAGCACCAGAGGACCACCAGGCCCCGCCGCCCGCCGCUAGCCGGCGCGACGCCGAACCGCCGCCGCCGAAGCCUGCGCCACGCGGGCGGCCGCGACGUGCCCGCAGUGCCGGCCAGCCACCGCCGCGCCGCCGCCAUCCGCCCCAUCCGGAGCCGCCAUCACCACCGGCCGGCUCCGGCCUCCAUCCCCAACCAAACGAAGAGCCCCCUCCGUGCAGGUCCCAGAUCCGGCCAUGGCCCCGCCGGAUCCGGAGGCUGCACCUCCCGCCGCCGCGGAGGACAGCCCGCGCCGGCGAGCCACACCGCCGGGCUCGAGCGGCCGUGCCCGCCCCAGCCCACCAGCGAGGAGAGGAGGAAGGCCACGCCGCCGCCUUCCCCGCGGGCUGGCCGAGUUGCCGGCGACCCGCUCCGGCAGCGGCACGGCGUGGGGGAGAGAGCAUGCGGCGGCGGCGACGUAGGGUAG